AUGCAUGCAAGGAGGCGAGAACCCGAGCUGGCAUUUGCAGAGGCAGAGGAGAUUCGACCCCGGCUUGACUCUUUCUCGUAUGCUGGACUACUGAAUGCCUGCGCAAAGGCACAGCAUCCUCCUUAUGACCUGCCAGAGCAGUACGCUCGGCGCGCACAAGAGAUAUUUGAGGACAUGGUCACAAAUGGGAUUGUGCCCUCCACUGUGCACUACCACACCCUGAUGGACUGCCAGGCCAAGGCCGGGAAAGCUGAGGAAGCUAUUGGAACUUUCAAGGCCAUGCAGCAAGGGGGCUUGCCACCCACGACAUGGUCCCUGAACAUCCUCUUGAGCGCCUGUGCGCGAACAAGGCAGCCUGUUCGAGCCAAGGAGAUCAUGGAAGAUCUCACCUCGCAGGGGGUCAAGAGUGAUGUGAUGACCUGGAACACCUUGCUGUCGGCAUUUGCCAGGGCCAAGCACAUAGAUGGCGCUUACCAGGUCUGGCAACAGAUGCAGCAGUCUGGGGUAACUCCGGAUCGCUUCACCCAGCGAGCGCUGUCAGAGGCAUUCGCUGGGAAUGUAGCCAUGGCUGCACAGAUUGUCCAGGAGGCGGAUUGGCUGCAGCAGAGGAUGGGUGAGAGCAGGAAUGAAGCAGCAUCCACCUCAGGUGAGGAUGGGCAGGGUGUGGGUGGGAGGCUGCGUGUGCAUCGGGGAGCAGACCUGUCAGCCAGCGAUGCCGCCGACCCCAUGACAGCCACAGUGCACCGCCCCUUCCUGCUCAACCUCCAUGGCCUCUCCCAGUCGGCCGCAAGGAUUGCUCUUGUGCAGCGACUGGACUACCUGACAUUCGCACACAUUCAGCACACACUACCAAAGGUAAACCACAGAAGGAAGAGAGAGGAGCGACAUGGCGAUUUUGGCGGCUACAGCAAACAGGCGCGCGAUGGAGAAAGGAGGCAAGGCAGAGCCUCAAGCAGCCAAGGGAGUCCCGAUGAAGAGGCCAGCGGCAUUGCUGUGCAAGAUUUGGAAAUAGUUGUGGGGCAGGGCAAACGCAGUCAUGGAAUGUCUGUGCUGAGGGAUGCUGCGUUGGAGAUCCUGAGCAGCAAGGGCAUUGAAUUCCAGCAACACCCCAACAAGGGGAGGCUGGUAGUGCCCAGUGAUGCAUUGAGAAGGUAUGUAGUGGCGCAGAAAGAGAGCGAGUACAAGAGCCGCUUCUUCCACAUGGCCAGCAUGCAGUAUGUUGUGGUUGGCCUGGGCCUGUCGGCGGUCCUGUCAGCCAUUUAUGUUGUCCCCUUAAUCCUUGAUCAUGCAUUGUAA